CCUUACCAAAGCAUAUUUGUCUCCACUCCAUCAUCUCGUGGCCCUAUGGCCUACACCCCACUGGCCACUGCUUAGCUCACGUACCCUCUCUGCUCAAUACAGCUCCAUGUUUUGUUCUUCUUUCCUUUCCUUGACAGAUUUAUCGGCUUCUCAUCGUCGUCCAUUUUGAAAAGCUGUGGCCGGGAGCUUUACGUCCAGAUCAGGGAGCUCUGCUAUCUUCUACUUUAUAAAUUCUGUUUUGAGUAAUUACUUUCUUUUGAGGAGGAAUCUCUCUCCAUUGAAUUGUGAAACCGAAGCAGCAAGCAGUUGGACUUGGAAAACAUGCAUGGAGCAGGAGCAGGAGCAGGAGCAGAUCAGAGUUGAGCUGCGGUCUUUUGGUUCUCGCAUCUAUCAAAAUUCAGCUGUUCCCAAGAUGGUGACCAAUCGGGUACUAAUGGCGUUUCAUGCUCACACCCCCUACUACGUAUAGUUAGUUCUACAUCACUACUAGAUCCAUCUCCUCCCCUCCCUUUUUUUAAUUACCAUUUGGCCCCUGCUCUAUUCCCUAAUGGCCACAACUACCCCCAUUCCCUCCCUCCGGUUCACAACCCUCCUGUUCUUCCUCUUCUUUUCUCUUUUCCCGCCUUGUACGCCCCUAACGGCCGAAUCCGAAGCCCUCCUCCGCUGGAAAAACCAGCUCAAUGACCCCCACCAUUGCUUGCAAUCCUGGAAAGCUUCAAACUCUCCCUGUGAGUUCUCCGGCAUUACGUGCCACCCGGUUUCCGGUAGAGUAACCGAAAUCUCUCUUGAAAGCAAGUCUCUUUCGGGGGUGAUCUCGCCGUUUAUUUCUGUCCUCCAGAGCUUGACUGUACUCUCGUUACCGUCCAAUAACAUCUCCGGAAAGCUUCCUUUGGAACUGAGUAACUGCAGCAACCUUAGAGUGUUGAAUCUCACAGAAAACAACAUGAUCGGACGUAUUCCCGACCUCUCCGGGCUGAGAAGCUUGGAGAUUCUCGAUCUUUCACUAAACUACUUUUCGGGUUCAUUGCCAAGUUGGGUGGGGAAUUUAACCCGAUUGAUUGCUCUGGGGCUCGGUGAGAAUGUAUUCGACGAGGGUGAAAUUCCUGAGACUCUUGGGAAUUUGAAGAACUUGACUUGGUUAUAUCUGGGGGGUGCUAACUUGAAGGGAGACAUUCCAGAGUCUAUUUUCGAGCUCAAGGAGCUGGAGACGCUUGAUAUGUCGAGUAACAAGAUCUCCGGGAACUUCCCCGAGUCGAUUGUCAAAUUAAAGAAACUGAACAAGAUCGAGCUCUUCGAUAACAAUUUGGCUGGAGAAAUCCCACGAGAGCUUGCCAACCUGACCUUUCUGAGAGAAUUCGAUGCUUCUGCCAACAGGAUGCAUGGGAAGUUGCCCAAUGAAAUUGGGAGUCUGAAGAAUUUGGUGGUUUUCCAUAUUUAUAAGAACAACUUUUCCGGGGAAUUCCCUGCAGGAUUUGGAGAUAUGCAGCAUCUUGUUGGGUUCUCAAUCUAUGGUAACAGCUUUACCGGGGAGUUUCCUGUGAAUUUUGGCCGGUUUUCACCGUUGGACAGCAUCGACAUAUCUGAGAAUAAGUUUUCGGGUGGUUUCCCAAAGUUCUUGUGUGAAAACAGGAAGCUAAGGUUCUUACUUGCUUUGGGAAAUGAAUUUUCCGGAGAAUUGCCAGAGUCUUAUGCUGAGUGCAAGUCUCUACAAAGGUUGAGAAUCAAUAUGAACCGCUUGUCUGGGAAAGUUCCCGAUGGGGUUUGGGCACUUCCAUACGUAAGAAUGAUUGAUUUUGGUGAUAACAAUUUUAGUGGAGGUAUGUCCGCCGAGAUCAGGUUUUCUGCUAGCUUGAGUCAGUUGGUUUUAUUGAACAAUAACUUUUCAGGUGAGCUUCCACCAGAACUUGGCAAGCUGAGCAACUUAGAGAGGCUUCAUUUGAGCAGUAAUAACUUCACUGGUAAAAUACCUUCUGAAAUCGGUGCUCUGCUGCAAUUAUCAUCUUUGCACUUGGAAAAGAAUUCUUUGACAGGAUCAAUACCCCCUGAACUGGGUAACUGUGUGAGGCUUGUUGACUUGAAUCUUGCCUUAAAUGCUUUGACAGGAAAUAUACCAGAAACAUUUUCUUCAAUGGCCUCGUUGAACUCUCUGAAUCUUUCGAGAAAUGAACUUACAGGUUUGAUUCCUGAAAACUUGGAGAAACUGAGGUUAAGCUCCAUUGAUUUGUCUGAAAACCAGCUAUCGGGAAGGGUUCCAUCUGAUCUUUUGACCAUGGGUGGAGACAUAGCAUAUCUUGGAAACAAGGGACUCUGUGUCAACCAAAAUUCUAAAAUCAGUUCAAGCAUAAAUGUUUGUACUAAAAACCAUAGUCAAAGAGGGAUCUUUGCAGGUAAAUUCGUUCUGUUAUGUGUUAUAGCAUCCACCUUGGUUGUCCUAUUAGCUGGAUUAUUGCUUGUGAGUUAUAAGAACUUCAAGCUUAGUGAGGCUGAUAUGGAAAAUGAGUUGGAAGGGGAGAAGAAAGUAGAUCCUAAAUGGAAACUUGCAUCUUUCCACCAACUAGAUAUCAAUGCUGAUGAAAUAUGUGAUCUGGAAGAAGAAAAUGUGAUUGGAAGUGGUGCUACAGGAAAAGUUUAUCGACUGGAUUUGAAGAAAAAUGGAAGUACAGUGGCUGUAAAGCAACUAUGGAAAGGAGAUGGCGUGAAGAUUUUGGAAGCAGAAAUGGAGAUUCUGGGAAAAAUCAGGCACAGAAAUAUACUGAAGCUUUAUGCAUCUCUGCUAAAAGGAGGCUCAAGUUUUCUGGUAUUUGAGUACAUGGAAAAUGGUAAUCUAUUUCAAGCUCUUCACAGAGACAUCAAAGUUGGGCAGCCAGAAUUGGAUUGGUACCAGCGGUAUCAAAUUUGUUUGGGAGCUGCAAAGGGGAUUGCAUAUCUGCACCAUGAUUGUUCACCACCUAUCAUUCAUAGGGAUAUAAAAUCAAGCAACAUUUUACUUAAUGAGGAUUAUGAGCCAAAAAUUGCUGACUUUGGGGUUGCAAAGGUUGCUGAGAAGUCUCUUAAAGGGUCUGAUUAUAGCUGUUUUGCUGGCACUCACGGCUAUAUUGCUCCUGAGCUGGCAUAUAGUCUUAAAGUCACUGAAAAGAGUGACGUAUAUAGCUUUGGUGUGGUGCUGCUAGAACUAAUUACGGGUAGAAGACCUGUUGAAGAGGAAUAUGGAGAAGGAAAAGAUAUUGUUUAUUGGGUUUUAAAUCAUCUCAAUGACCGUGAAAGUGUUCUCAGGGUUCUGGAUGAUAAAGUGGCAACUCAUUCUGUCCAAGAUGACAUGAUUAAGGUCUUGAAGGUUGCAGUCCUUUGUACUACUAAGCUUCCAUCCGUUCGCCCUACUAUGAGGGAGGUGGUCAAAAUGCUUAUUGAUGCCGAUCCUUGCGCUUUCAAGUCCCGAAAAAACGACUCUGACAAAAACAGCAAGUUUUUCCUCUAGUCAGUCAUAUUUGCUUUCAGGAAUAGCUGAGGUUCAAAAACUUGAUGCAAAUCUUAGGACUUCCGCAAUUGUUGGCCAAAUUGUAGUUCCUAUGAUUAUGAUGAUAAGACCUCCUAGAGUACACGUAUUAGACGAAAUGGAGUUGGUUGCUGUAA